AUGGAUUCUAAUAAAUUUAGGUGGGAAGAGGCCUUCCAAAACACAUGGGAGAAGAACAGUGGAACAGACGAUAUAUUUGCUUUAAAUGUAAACAGGCGAACAGAAAACUUGCAGAGAGGAAUUGUGCGGCGGAUUCUUCUGGUGCUUGACAUGUCUCACUCAAUUGAAGAAAGAGACUUUCUUCCGUCAAGGAAGUACUAUGUAAAAAAGGGCGUUAUGAAGUUCUUUCGCGAGUUUAUAGAGAGCAACCCACUCUCCACAGUAGGGCUGGCCGUUGUGUGCGGCGGCAUGUCUUAUUUGGUGAGCUCAAUUCUCUGCGAGGAAGAAGAAAUAGAAAUGUGUUUCUCACAAAAUGAAGGAGCAGGAAACUUCUCCCUUGGAUCUGCCUUUGAAACGAUAAAUGAAUUUUUUCAUGGGUGCUCCUUUUUGAAAGAAGUAGUUUUUAUUAUAUCUGGAUUUACAUUUGUGGGAAGCAGCCCCUUUAUUCUGAAAAGCACUUUAAUCAAUAAAGGAAUUAUUAUGCAUACAAUCCACAUGGCAGGCGAGAUGGAAAUACUUCGAAAAUUAAGCGAGGAAAGCGGCGGGGUUUUUGGCAUUGUAAACUGCCCAGAAGAUCUUUCUACUCUUCUAGGACUAAUUUGCAUUCCUCCUCCGCACAGUGCCUCAGCCCGAUUGUCUAUGUUGAAAAUAGGAUUUCCAUCCCCUAUACAUGAGAACACAAUAUGUGCAUGCCACCUUGACUUGAAAGAGUGGGGGUAUGAAUGCCCAUUUUGUACUACAAAAGUGUGUAAAGUGCCAGGAGUGUGCCCAGUCUGUGAGAACAUACUAAGUGCACCCGUUCAUUUGCUCAAAGCUCUUCAUUGGAGUGACUCAGCUCCUAUUUAUGUUGCAGCAAUUAAAGGAACAUGCCGGGGAUGCUUUGAGAAUAACAUUCAACUGCACUCCUGUCCAGGCUGCAAAAAUAGUCUAUGUUUAGACUGCACUAGAUUUAUCAGACAAGAACUUAAUUUCUGCAUAUUUUGCCCAGGAGCAGUGAGUAGUGUGCCCUCCGAUAGUGCUACCCAUCCAUCGAAUCUAAAAGAGAUUCGAAAUACACAAUAGAUCAAUUUUAUAUGUACUAUAUCUUAUAUAUAGCUGUCAAAUAUAUAAAGUGCCAAAUAAUUAGAAUUUUCGGGUUAUUUACGAUGUAUUUAUAUAACAUUUGACUGGCA